UGUUAUUAUUGUAAUUCCUCUUGUGAAAAUGGCGUCGAGUCAGGGAGGUGUGGGAGCUGUACCGGCUCUUUCAAACCAUCACUUAUCCAACGGACCUCACUGGAACCCGGGGAUCAACCAGCAUCAGCAUCAUCUCCACACGACCCGGAGUUUAGACCGCGCUCUGGAAGAUUCCGUGUGCUCAGGAACGUUGAAUCUUAGCGGGAGGAAGCUGAGAGACUACCCUGGAUUGAGCUAUGAUCUUACUGAUACAACACAGGCAGAUCUGUCGAAGAACAGGCUCACAGAGAUCCCUCCAGAGGUGUGUCUGUUCGCCCCCCUUGAGUCUCUCAACCUCUACCACAACUGCAUCAAAUGCAUCCCUGAAGCCAUCAUCAACUUGCAGAUGCUGACCUAUCUAAACAUAAGCCGAAACCUUCUCUCAACAUUGCCAAAAUACCUGUUCAACCUCCCUCUCAAAGUGCUGGUGGUGAGCAACAACAAGCUACUGUCUGUCCCAGAGGAGAUUGGGAAGGCCAAAGAACUGAUGGAAUUGGACAUCAGCUGUAAUGAGAUCCAGGUGCUGCCCCCUCAGGUGGGGAGGCUCCAUUCAUUACGGGAACUCAACAUCAGGAGGAACUGUCUUCACAUGCUGCCUGAGGAGCUGGCUGACCUGCCACUCAUCAGACUGGACUUCUCCUGCAAUAAAAUCACAGAGAUCCCUCCUGUCUACAGGAGACUCAGGCAGCUGCAGCACAUCAUCCUCGACAACAACCCUAUGCAGUCCCCACCUGCACAGAUCUGCCUGAAGGGCAAGGUGCACAUCUUUAAGUACCUGAACAUCCAGGCUUGUAGGAUGGAUAAGAAACCUGACUCUCUGGACCUCCCUUCUCUGGGCAAACGCUGCCUUCCCCAGCCUCUCACAGACAGCAUGGAGGAUUUUUACCCCAGUAAGAACCAUGCUCCUGACUCUGGUAUCGGCAGUGACAACGGGGAUAAAAGACUGUCUGCGACAGAGCCCUCUGACGAUGAUACCAUCAGCCUGCACUCUCAGGUCUCAGAGACGGCCCGCACCGACGCCCUCUCUCUCCUCUCCAAGAUGGACUCAGGCAAAGAUCAGGUAUCCUUUGACUUCAUCGAGCCCAACGCAGAGGAAGAUGCUGCCCUGUCAGACGGGCAGCAGAGUGGACCCUACAUCUCAUGUAUAAAGGAAUUGGAGAAGGUUCUUAACAAGUCACACCAAAGCAAAGAUAAGGAGAACUGGAAAGAGGAGUCUGGCUCUGAAAAAGAUCAGCUAGUUGAGGAGGAUGAGGAUGAGCUGAAGGAAGUGCUGGACCUGAGAAAGAUCGCUGUCCAGCUCCUGCAGCAGGAGCAACAGAACAGACGACGGUCCUUAAUUUGUAGAGCAGAGAGUCUAAUUCAUCGAAGGAGGGUUGCCGGCCGAGCACACAGGUUCCUCAGUCACUCUGGCAGCUCCAGCAGCAAACAGAGGUCCCCCUGCCAGGCCAUCCGCAGUGCCUCUCUGGAUGAAGGGAGCAGUGGACCGUCAGUGCUGAGUGGGCAGGACCCUGACUUCACAGACGAUGACACAGCUUUCUCUGAGCCGUCCUCUUCCUGCUCUUUCGAUGGCAGUCUAAAGUCAGAGUCUGACACAGAGCCAAAAUGGCCAGAGGUUCCACCCGUACUCAACCAGAACGAGGAACGCAGGAGGAACAAGUAUCUGAGGAAAGAUUAUCUUAAGUACAAGUACCAGAGUGCCCGAAGAAACUCCAGUGGGAAUGACGAGUGUGAGGAGGGGAUGCGGAAUGCUGAUUUCAGCAGCACCCUCACAGUGUUUGGUCUGAAGCCAAGAUCAGCAUUCUGUCGAAGCAGCCGUCAAGAGUUGUCAGACCCCAGUUUCACCAUGAGGAGGAAGAUGGAACACCUGAGAGAGGAGAUGGAGCAGAUUGGCGUCCUACGGCAGAACCUGGAGUCCAGACUGAAGGUCUUGCUGCCGGACGAUGUGGGAGCUGCUCUGAUGGAUGGCGUUGUCCUGUGCCAUCUGGCCAAUCACAUUCGUCCUCGGUCAGUGGCCAGCAUCCAUGUACCCUCCCCAGCAGUGCCAAAGCUUAGCAUGGCCAAGUGCCGCAGGAAUGUGGAGAACUUCCUGGAUGCCUGUAAGAAGCUGGGUGUGUCACAGGACAAGCUGUGUUUACCCCACCAUAUCCUAGAGGAGCGUGGGCUGGUGAAGGUGGGUAUGACCGUGCAGGCUCUACUGGAGCUGCCGGCCUCCAAGCCCACCCAGCUGUCUGCUGUCUAACAGCAGUCUGGACACUGCCUCAACCCCCCACCCAGCCCAGUCCAGCCUUCCACAACCCAGCCCUUCACCCCACAGAGGAGGGGGCUUCCAGCCUGCUCCGCUCAUCACAGGGACCAGGGACCCCUUAGGGGGCGAGGGCUGGGGGCUGCAGGGAGUCCAUUGCCAGCUGACUGAGCCAAGAGAGGGAGGGGUUAACUAAGAUCCUCCACCUUUCCUAUAUGAUGUCAGCUGGGACCUGCCUCCCAUCCAUUGGAUUGUUAGCUACUGUCAUGUCCUCCCCCAGGGGACCCUACUGUACUGUGUGUGUAGCGUACCAGUGUGGCUGUCUGUGUGACCUGUGUGACCUGCACAGUGUGGACUUUAUGAGAGCUGGUGAACCCAAAGCCAGAUCAGAGGUCAGACUAAGGAAUGAAUCACAGUGAAGAUGAAGACCUGUCUGUCCCCAUGGUGAUAUUGAUUGGCCCAUGCUCAGACACUUUUGAACCUCGUGGUGCGAACACUGAAUUCACUGGGUUUACAGCACUCAGUAUUGAAGACAUUGGUAGUGAAGUGAUAGCAGAUUUAAAGGCAUGUACUCACUCUUUCACUCAGAACUGAACUGCAUGCUGGGCGAACCAGCCACACCACAUCACUCAAGUGGUCCUGACACCCUGACUUUUCUUUUUAGAACAAAUUAGUUUUCAAAGGGGAUAUAUUUGUAAAGAUCAUUGUGUUAUAUCACAAUAUACCUAUGAUAUCCCAGAGGUAAAGCUUGGGACAUCCUAAGUGGUGCUUUACCUCAGAGGAGCCAGCAGUAGCCAAGCACAGGUUAUACACACUUCUUACAGUCUGCAUUUGAGAAUAAUUAUUGUACUACCAAUAACAGUGCCAUUCGAGGGAAGAAUGCUAAGCUUACUUUUAAAAGCAUGGUAUCCAUGAUUCCGAUUUUCUCCUGCAGCACAUCUGUGGUGAAGGGAGGCUGCUCUGAGGUGCUUCAGAUGUGGUAUUAGUAGCUCACCCCUGUACGGUAUACGAGAGAGCCAUCCCACUGCCACUGUCAUCCCACUGCUUUGAUCAUACCACGUGUGCUUAUUUGAAUAGGACUUGUUGAAAGCACAUGGUUAUUUAGUUUGGAUAUUGUACCAUAUACACUUAUAAUGCUGAGAUGGUAUCUUUUGGUAAUUUGAUGUAGUGAAACAGUUCUCUUUUAAUGUUGACAUAUUUAUUCUUUACAUUUAUAACUCACUCCUCUAGUUGGAUUCACAACUGCAAAACGUAAAGUAAGGAACACAACAGAAAUAAUGAGGAAAUCCCAUAGAUCAUCGUUCAUCACUCCAGUCCUCCAGUUCCCCAACAGUUCAUAUUUUUGUUGUUACCCUGGACCAACACACUUGAUUCAAUUUGUCAACUAAUCAGCAAGCCCUCAAUGAGUUGAAUCAGGUGAUUAGUCUGGGACUACAACAAAAAUAUGUACUGUUGAGGGUACUUGAGGACUGGAGUUAGCAAGCACUGCCAUAGAUGAAUCUGGACCACUGAACUAAUUUAAUCAGGAAAAUGAUUUAUCUAUUUAUGUAUUCUAUUUAUAUGCUUUGUUUGUUUGUUUUUCACCCCUGACGACCCCUUAAGUUAUGUGACAAGAGUUUGCAGCUCCAAACUGGUGAUAUUUUCUUGCUUUAAGCUUUGGUGUUUGUUCUUGGCCACAGUUUACAUGUUCAUUGUCUCAAAAAGUCUGAUUCAAUUAACCUCACAUUGCAGGAAAUUCCAGAUGCAGUUUCACUUAAAGGAGUUUCAUUUUGUUUCUGCCAGUAAAUGUAGACUUCAAAUAUGCUUUUGUGUGGUACAGGAACAAUGGUAUUUUUGUCUGCAAUGUCUGUUUGAUUGAAUCAGUGUUGCUCACUGAUAAAUAUUUAUACUGAACAAAAAUAUUAACACAACAUGCAACAAUUAGUUACAGUUCAUAUAAGGAAAUCAGUCAAUUUAAAUAAAUUCAUUAGGCCCUAAUCUAUAGAUUCCAUGUGAUGUGGAAUACAGAUGCAUCUGUUGGUCACCUUAAAAAGAAAAAAAGUAGCAGUGUGGAUUAAAAAAAAACAGUUUGUAUCUGGUGUGAUCACCAUUUGCCUAAUGCAGCGUGACACAUCUCCUUCACAUAAAGUUGACCAGACUGUCUAUUAUGGCCUGUGGAAUGUUGUCCCAUUUGCUGGAUAUUGGCGGGAACUGGAACACACUGUUGUAAAUGUCGAUCCAGUGCAUCCCAAAUAUGCUCAAUGGGUGACAUGUCUGGUGAGUGUGAAGGCCAUGGAAGAACUGGGACAUUUUCAGCUUCCAGGAUUUGUGUACAGAUCCUUGCGACAUGGGGCCAUUUAUUAUCAUGCUGAAACAUGAGGUGAUGGUGGCAUAUGAAUGGCACAACUAUGGGCUCUUGUCGCGGUAUCACUAUGCAUUCAAAUGUGACCCACCACCUGGAUUCAGUCCUAUGUGGCAAAAUUUAAAAUGAUGUUUUUUACAUAGAAGUAGAGACUCCGAGCUAGGAAAUGGUAUAUAAUACACUGCAGUUGAGGAACAGUGAGAAAAUGAUUCUGCUUUGAAAGUUGAUAAACUUGUAACCCCAUUUUUGAGGAAAUGGUCUGUGAAUAUUUUUGGUACACCUACUGGAGGGGUCUUCUGUGACUACAACCAUUCAGCAUCAUUCACACCCUCCUAAGCCUUAGCCCCAUCCAUCUCUAUAAGGAUUCACUGUGUAGAAAACAACCAAAGAUUUCAAGACUAAAAGUGGUGAAAGUAGUAGCAAAAAGUAAUAGUAAAAAUAAACUAGUCCUUGGUCUAUAUCCUAAUCUGACUUUGGUGCAGGUCAUGUUGUUCUUCACAUUACCGUCUCUGGUGUACCCACACAAUAUCAAAUAAAGCCUAAGUUUAUUUGUCACAUGCACAGGAUACAGAAGGUGUAAACGGUAGAGCGAAAUGGUUACAUCCAUGGUGGAGUCUGUUGUUUAGACAUGUAGCUAGCUAGCUAAACAAUAAACCAUAAUCCAAAUUAUAUUGCUGCGUUCAAAACAACUGGGAACUAAAAAAAACUCAGACGGGGAAAAAUCCAUUUGAAUGGUCAUCCAACUCGGAAUUCCAACUCUUGAACUCGGGCCUCUUUCUAGAGCUCCUGCACAAUUCAUACACGUAAUGUUAGCUAGCGAGCCAGCUAACAUUAGCUAGCUAGCUAACAGUAUGCUUUAACUUGCAUUGAAAAUGACUUUCUGACAAAAUUAGAAAUGUAUAAUAUCUGAAAAUGUAGCUAGACAUAUACCCGUAUAUACAUGGAUGAACGCUUCUCCCUUUGUCAUAGAUGCUAUGGUUGCGCUUAGUUUGAAGAUGUAAUCUGGAGGGAGGUGUUUUAUACAACAGCCUUCUUUCUGUGUUCCCUUUUUGGACUCCCUACGCAUUUGGCAAUCAUCUCUUUGAUUCCACCGGGCAUUCCACUGAUUUCAAAACUCUGACAACUUCUUCCGUGACAAUUACACCCUUUCUUCCCCACCUUUGUCAUCAGAAGACUACACUGUCUGGUUCAAUGAAAAUGUUUUUACCGAAAUCAGGGAUUUCCUCAGUGUCUCAGUGUCAUUUUCAGAGUCAGAGAGUCAGCAUGGCACGAUCAUCCUCCAGAAAGUAGUCUAUCACAACAUUUUCCCACUGAGCUUUGUUGAUAGCGCUAUUAACUUCAGGGCAGCAAUGCUGAGAGCAGUAGCUAAACCUUUUCAGUUCAUGAUAUCUUUCAAAAAAAGCAGCGGUAGACAGGAUUAUCCACACAUACUUAUAGACAGAAGCAUGCUACAUGGCAGACCAAUCCAAACUCAUCUCUCGGCAUGUCCAGCCCAGCCAUUAUCUCAGCCAAUCAUGGCUAAAGGGAAAGUUCCUGUAUUUUUCUGUAGCUAAACCAACUAGGCCCGUUAUUUAAAAAAAUAUAUAUGUAUUUACAGAUUGCAUACAAGUGGGUUAUUAAGGCAAAUGAAUGUUCCAGAAGGCAUUUCUGACCAAAAAAAAAACAUUUUUUAUUAUUUUUAUUUUUAUCCCUCACAUUUCAAGUAGUGAUGUGUGACAAGACAUAGUUUCUUGAAACGGGCCACAAAUUGCCAUCAAUAAAAUGCAAUUGUCCGUAUCUUAUGCCUGCCCAUACCCUAACCCAUCCGCCACCAUGGGGCACUCUGUUCACAACGUUGACAUCAGCAAACCACUUGCCCACACGAUGCCAUACACAUGGUCUGCGGUUGUGAGGCCGGUUGGACGUACUGCCAAAUUCUCUAAAACAACGUUGAAGGUGACUUAUGGUAGAGAAAUGAACAUUAAAUUCUCUGGCAAGAGCUCGGGUGCAACGCUCCCUCAAAAGUGAGACAUCUGUGGCAUUGUGUUGUGUGACAAAACUGCACAUUUUAGAGUUUCCUUUUAUUGUCCCCAGCACAAGGUGCAUGUAAUUAAUGAUCCUGCUGUUUAAUCAGCUUCUUGAUAUGUCACACCUGUCAGGUGAAUGGAUUAUCUUGACAAAGGAGAAAUACUCACGAACAGAGAUGUAAACAAAUGUGUGCCCACUAUUGGAGAGAAAUAAGCUUUUUGUGCGUAUGGAACAUUUUCUGUGAUAUUUUAUUUCAGCUGAUGAAACAUGGGACCAACAUUUUGCAUGUUGAGUUUAUAUUUUUGUUCAGUGUACUUAUGACACCUUCAAAUGAGGGGACUAGAUGCAUAAAGUACUUUUCAUUUCUAAACGGUAAAACCGAUAUGUAUGAAAAUACUUUCAAAUAAAAGGUGAAAUGAUUUAAUGUUGCCUCAUAUGAUCCAUUUUUAUCUCCAAUCCAAAAUGCUUGAGUAUAGAUCCAAAUUAUAGAUUUGAGCUUCACUGCAUUUAUAUUUGUGUUCCUCAUACAGAAACACACCAGCUACACUUUAUGUUGCUGGUGUUUCUGUUGUGUCCACUCCCGUGUUGAUGUCUGUUUUUUAUGUAACUUUGUCAGUGAAACAUAUCUCUUAUUAGUAGUGCCUGUACAACUCAUGAAUGUUAUCACUGGUUUUUAAUGUACCAAGUAUUUUACUAAUGACAUGAAGCUGGAACUAUAUAUAGUACAUUACAUGUCAAAUAUAGAACAUUGCAUUGUUUUAGUUAGCUUUGUGUCUGUCAAUUGGAACAUGCUUGGAUCAAUCAAUCACAUUUAUUUAUAAAGCCCUUUUUACAUCAGCACAAAGUGCUUAUACAGAAAUACACACUGAAAUUUGAGCUGGCCACAGAACCCUGCUCUGACAGGUUUAUGGGAAUUAAUCUCUGAUGUAUUUAAAUUUCCUUUGUAUAGUUUAUUUUCUAUGAUAUGAUGAUUGGUGGUUUCUGUAAUGUAUUAAGUUCUGCUGCCUCCCCUGUUUAGAAGGCCAUUCACCUGUCUGUGACCGCCCACCACACCCUACUGCAUUGACAUUAUCAUAACCAGAGCUGUUGAUGUCUCUGACUCAAAAACAGGUGACUGUGUUGCCAUUUUGCUAUCUCUAUUCUCAUUCCAGAAACAUGUAACAACAGCCAAUCCCCUCGUCUACUGACAAGUGCCAAGAAAAUCUGGCAACACUUCAACAAGGCAUACUUGUAAUUAUAGGCAUCAAGUAGCCAACUCAUAGUCAAUGUCAAUGUGACAAGACUCUACAAGUUGUUUUUGGGAGACAACAACCCAUUCUCUGAGCUUUUUUGAUAACAUAUCCUGACACAAGACACAAACAUGUACAAUUGUUUAUUGACAGAACAUAUCAGCUAUUGUUCCUUAUCCUUUACAUAAAACAACUUUCAAACAAGCCUUAUACUUCUGUAAGCCUAAUAGCAAAUUAAUUUGUAAUUUCCUAGUGGUUUCCAUGUCCGAACAUUAGUACAAGCUUUGUGUCAUGGUGUACUGUAUGUGAGAUAAACCCUGCAGCUAUUUCCUGCCCCCCCCCCCCAUCCAUCCAUCCAACCACAUUACAAGGUCAGUCUGCUUUCCCAAGUCUCUCACAUCUACAUCGCUCAUGCUGUUUUAAACUUUCAAUCUUUGAUUAAAAGAACGUGAAGAAUCAUCUACACGUUAUACUGCCGAGGAAGCAUUCUGAUGUAUUCUGUACAUACAAGUUUUGUAUUUUAAAGAAACUAAAUGCAUGCAAUGAUCCCAGAUGACUGAACCUCAUAUGUAAAUAUAUAUCCUCUAUAAAUUGUGGAGUGUUUCUCUUUUUAUAUAAAGGAAAUAGAAACAUUGUUUCAAGGGCAAAGGAAAAUAAAGUGAAAUUCUUUCGAA